AACAGCGAGCAGACACUGCAACAUGGGCUGGCGCCUAGUGACCACUGUCAGCAACUGGAUCCCAUGCUUGUGCAGUGGUGCUCCAUGUCUGGUGUGCUCAUGUUGUCCAACUGGGAGAACUUCCAUAGUAACACGAUUGGUGUACACAACUAUUUUACUGAUUGGUACAACUGUUGCUGGUAUUAUGCUUAUACCUGGAGUAGAAGAUCAGCUGAGGAAGAUUCCAGGGUUCUGUGAGACUGGGUACAAUGCACAGUCGUCUGAGAUUAACCCUGCGAUCUGCAGAGUCUUAGUGGGUUACAAGUCUGUGUACCGUGUCUGUUUUGGAAUGGCCACUUUCUUUCUGCUGUUAGCUUUGCCUAUGAUCAAUGUGAGAAAUAGCAAGGAUCCCAGGGCUCUAGUACACAAUGGCUUCUGGUUAUUCAAGUUUGGAGCACUUGUAGCAAUAAUGGUUGGUGCAUUUUAUAUUCCCGAGGGACAUUUCAGCCGAGUGUCAUUUGGAAUUGGUUCAGCUGGUGCUUUUUGUUUUAUUCUGACUGAAUUGGUGCUGCUGGUGGACUUUGGUAAUUCCUGGAAUGAAUCCUGGCUAAAAAAAUCAGAAGAAGGUGGAUCACGGUGUUGGUACUUUGCACUUCUAUCAGUUACAUGUCUGAAUUAUGUGUUAUCAUUAACAACUGCAAUCCUCUGCUAUGUGUUUUACACUACAGUUGAAGGCUGUAUUGAAAAUAAAUUUGUUACCAGCUUCAACAUACUUAUUUGUGUUGUAGCUUCUUUAAUAUCAGUUCAUCCAAAGGUCCAGGAAUUUCAGCUUUGUACUGGCCUCCAAUCCUCCAUAAUUACUCUGUAUAUUAUGUACCUCACUUGGUCAGCAAUGACAAAUGAGCCAGAUGACAAGUGUAAUCCGAGUAUGAUGAGCUUUUUCGAGCGGACACUUCCCAGCCCUGAUUUGAACAAUACACUGAACACAAUCAAUGUUUCAGAUACAGGAUUGAACUGGGAUGGCCAAUGCAUUGUUGGCUUGGCAUUAUUCCUUAUUUGCAUCUUAUAUUUGAGCAUAAGGAAAUCCAGUUGCACACAGAGGCACAGUCACUCCAUCAGUAAUCCAGACACUGGAUCUUUGGAAAGUGUAUCAAUACAGGAAGGUUGUGAAGAGGUGCAUCGCUUUCAGGAUAAUGAAAAAGAAGGUGUUCAUUACAGCUAUUCUUUUUUCCACUUUAUACUUUUUCUGGCUUCCAUGUACGUUAUGAUGACACUAACUAACUGGCACAGCCAUAGUCCUGAUUUUAAGAGCAUAUCAAGCAGUUGGAUUGCAGUAUGGAUGAAAAUUGCUUCCAGUUGGGUCUGCAGCUCCCUUUACAUCUGGACACUGGUGGCUCCUCUUGUACUUGCAAAACAAGAUGAUUUUGAAGAACACAUAAGCUAAGCGUGAAAUUAAAUAAGAAACAAGAGAAUGGAAAAGGAGUUUAUGUUCCCAAAUCAUCAGAGACUUCUGAAGCAUAUCUUAGUGAAUUAUACUUUUAUAUUAAUCUAAAUGAAAAGUAUGUUUCAAUGUGUGUUAUUAGUCUUUGUGGUCAAAGUGUUUGAGCCUGUUGUUAAAGAAGAAUAAUCGCAGGACCUAAUGACAUAACCGUGGAAAACAAACUGACUGAGCAGUCGAUGGAAAUCCAGCUAUCCUCAUUGUGAGAGCUAAUUAUUCAAUUAUUUGUGAGGCUGCGUGAGGUAGCAACAAAUACAUCAACACUGACACAUACUCAGAUAAAAAUCAAACAGAAAAUGGUUAGCCACGUACAGAAAUUCAGUAGAAGGUCAUGUAGAUUGAUAAUCAUAUUUAGUCAUUAUAGUCAUUACUUGUUCUGAGAUUCUUAUUAACAAUCGUAGGUUUCUCAGGGUGGUAAUAAUCCCUCAGGAUGUGUAAUAUCUAUAAAACCUCCUAAAAUGGUGUUAUUGUUCACCAGUACACAAUGCAAUAAAAUAUAAAGACUUAUUCAUUGUAAUGCUUUUAAAUCAUUGAACAGCAAUAUUGUUGUGGCUUAUUCAAAAUCAUCAUCUCAAUGACAUAAAAUGCUUGAUUUAACUAAGAAAUAUUUUGUCAAUAAACUCUAUAAUGUCCUAUAAAUUUAAAGUUGAUAAGUUCAAUAAUGCAUUUCAAACUGGUACUUAUAUUGCUAACAGAAAGAAUCAGAAUAUUUUUCUGAUUUGUGCAUUGAGUACAAUCAGCAGUGAAAGUAUAAAUUAGGAAAGCUUUUGAUUUUAGUGUUUAAUAAUGUCCAACUCUCAAUAUAUCUGUUGGAGUAUUUAAAAACUAGAAUAGUAUAUGCAUUAUUUACUGAACCCUGAUGUUUAUUGUCCAAGGAAGUAGAGCACCAGAGUUCAUAUUAUUGCAAAAUUCUAUGCAGUAUGAUAUUUUCAAAUAUCUUGGAGCAAAAAUACAGCAGAUGGUUCAUUGUAAAAGUUGAAAGAAAAUAACAUUAUUAAUGGUAAUUCAGAGCAGAUUUGUCAUAGAACAGAUACACAUAAAGAUCUCUCUGCGUAUCAAAUUUCUAAUAAUUUAGUAUACCUUUUCUGAAGGGAACAUGUGAAUAUGAGAUCAUUGUUUGUGUUCAGUGAUGUUAAUUCAGAUGCAAGGAGUGACUGCGAGAGAAUGCAGGGGACAUAGGAGAAACAAACUAAUGUGAAUGAUACACCAGGACACUUGAGUUUUCGAUUUAACUCACACACACAAGAGGGAAUAUAUGUUCUAGCAGAUUUAGGAACUAUGAUCAAAGCUAAGUAAAGCUUUGAGGACUGAAACAAAAGAUUCUGAAACCUGGACGUAUAGAUGGGGAGGAAUGAAGAGAGUGAAACUACCUUAGGUUUAAUGAAAGUGGUAAAAUUCCAAUUAGAUUUUUUCCCUCAGUGUGAUCUUCACUUUUCUUAAUGUUUCACAAUGCCAAUUGACAUCAUGGUGAGAAACUGAGUAGGAAGAAGUUAACAUAAAUAACUAACGCUGGUGUAACAAUGCAAAUCAGUUUAUCAUUCAAUCCUAGUCUCACCUGCCAAGAUUUGCAAAGACAAUGCAAGAUCACUUUAUUUACAUGGUUUGGGUAGGUGCACUGCACAUCACAAUGGUGGGUACUCCCUUGUUGGAGAAAGGCAGGCCACCAGCUUUUUCUCAAUACACUAACCCACCAAUGUCCAACUGCUAAUCAAAAUAAUCUCCUCAUCUGAGAAUCUCCUCAUCUGUCCAUUGUUAUGCCACCUUUCCCCCCCCCCCCCCCCCCCCCUUGAAAUUGAGGGGAAAAGUCAGAAUUUCUUGGUACGGGUACUGAUGUGAUUUGAGACUCUUCUGCUAGAAUCCUACUGGUCUUAUAAAUAUUGUGCACCACCUUUCUGUGUUUUGUAUGUGUCAUUUCCUUCAAGAAAGAUCUUGAGGAAUAUAUAUCUGGCUAGUGGAUGUACCAAUGUUGAUUUAAUAUUUCCGUUGCAAUCUUAUUUAAUUGUCUUUGGAGAAAUAUGUAUAAUAAUGCUUUGAA